CUAUCUCUCUCUUUCUCUCCAUGUCCAUGCUACAUCGCACCAGCACCCGACCAUCACCUCCUUUACUUUCUCUUUCUCUCGGAGGCUGCUUCUCGUCACUUUGCCGGGAAAAUAGCCUACGAGGAUAAAAGGACAAUAUUAACUCCUUGUAAUGGGCCGGAACUCGUCGUCUCCUCCAGCUAUCCUCGACGAUAAUGGCGGUACCGAUCUCGGCUUCCACUCGAUUCGCGAUCGCUUUCCUUUCAAGCGGAACCCUAACCCUAUCCACCAGAGAGACCGACCCAGGGGGCUCUUCACGGAUCGACAACCUUUCCCUCGCCCCCCGCCGAGAUCGCACCACCGCUUCUAUCGCAAGGGCUUGCUCUGUCUUUUUCCCUUCAAAGGAAAGUCGGCGUUCUACGCGGUCCUCAUCUUCGCGCUUUUUGUGUUCGCCGUGGCCACGAUGCUGUUGCAGAGCUCCAUGACCUUGGUCUUCAGGCAAGGGAGUGAGAGAGGGCGCUUGCUCAGGGAAGGCUUGAAGUUUGGGAGCACCUUGAGGUUUAUGCCUGGGAGGGUUUCGAAGAGGGUCGUGGAGGGUGAUGGGCUUGAUCGGGCUCGAAAUGAGGCGAGGAUUGGUGUUCGACCGCCGAGGCUUGCUCUUAUCUUGGGAAACAUGAAGAAAGAUCCACAAUCUUUGAUGUUGAUUACCGUGAUGAAGAAUAUCAAGAAACUGGGUUAUGAACUUAAGAUUUUUUCUGUAGCGAAUGGUAAAGCACAUAAAAUGUGGGAGCAAUUUAAUGGCCAGAUUUCCAUUUUAGCUCCGGAGAGUUAUGGGCUUAUUGAUUGGUCAAUUUUUGGAGGUGUCAUUGCUGACUCACUGGAAGCAAAAGAAUCCAUUUCAAGCCUUAUGCAGGAGCCUUUUUGUUCAGUACCACUGAUAUGGAUAAUUCAAGAAGAUACACUUGCAAAUCGGCUUCCCGUGUAUGAAGAAAUGGGCUUGAAGAAUCUUAUUUCUCAUUGGAAAAGUGCUUUUAGCAGAGCUAAUAUUGUCGUGUUUCCAGAUUUCACUCUGCCGAUGUUAUAUAGUGUUCUUGACACUGGAAACUUCUUUGUCAUUCCGGGAUCACCAGUAGAUGUUUGGGCUGCAGAAAGGUACAGAAAAACCCACUCCAAGAAUCAGUUGAGGAAGAUAAAUGGAUUUAGUGAAGAUGAUAUGCUGGUUGUAGUUGUUGGAAGUUCUUUUUUCUACGAUGAGCUUUCAUGGGACUAUGCUGUGGCAAUGCAUUCUAUAGGGCCACUGCUAAUAAAAUAUGCAAGGAGGGAUGAUGCAGGAGAGCCGUUUAAAUUUGUUUUCUUAUGUGGUAAUUCCUCUGAUGAUGCUUUCCAGGAAGUUACUUCACAUCUGGGACUUCUUCAUGGAUCUGUACGGCAUUAUGGCUUGAAUGGUGAUGUGAACAGUGUGUUAUUAAUGGCUGACAUUGUUCUCUACGGUUCUUCACAAGAUGUGCAGGGUUUUCCGCCAUUACUUAUCCGUGCCAUGACCUUUGGGAUCCCAGUUAUUGCACCUGAUUUUCUUGUCUUGAAGAAAUAUGUGGUUGAUGGAGUUCACAUGAUAUUUUUCCCAAAACAUAAUCCUGAUGCUUUAAUGAGUGCUUUCUCACUUAUGAUUUCAAAUGGGAAACUUUCUAAAUUUGCUCGAACGGUUGCCUCUUCGGGAAGGCUGCUUGCUACGAACUUGCUGGCAUCAGAAUGCAUAACCGGUUAUGCAAGGCUUUUGGAGAAUGUGCUAAAUUUUCCAUCAGAUGCUCUGCUGCCGGGGCCAAUCUCUCAGCUUCAACAGGCUACAUGGGAGUGGAAUUUGUUAGGGAAUGAAAUAGAUUACAGAACAGAAAAUGUUAUGGACAUUGAUGAGCAGUCAUCCUGGAAAAACACUAGUGUUGUUAAUGCCCUAGAAGAAGACUUGUUGGGUUUUGGUUACUCACCAAACAUCUCUGAAAAUGUAACUUGGGAUUCGGCAUUAGAUAUUCCAACUCAAUUAGAUUGGGAUCUCUUCAAGGAAAUUGUAAGCUCUGAAGAAUAUGAGACUUUAGAAAUGGAGGAGCUAUCAGAAAGAAUGGAGAAAGAUCCUGGUUUAUGGGAUGACAUAUAUCGUAAUGCUCGAAAAGCUGAAAAGCUUAGAUUUGAAGCAAAUGAGAGGGAUGAGGGUGAACUUGAGAGGACAGGCCAGACAGUAUGCAUUUAUGAGAUAUACAGUGGGUCUGGGACCUGGCCGUUCUUGCACCAUGGCUCUCUGUACCGUGGAUUAAGCCUUUCAAAAAGAACACAGAGGUCAACAUCAGAUGAUGUGGAUGCUGUUGACCGGCUUCCCGUAUUGAAUGAAACUUACUAUCGCAAUAUUCUCUGUGAGAUUGGUGGAAUGUUCGCUAUUGCAAACAAGGUGGAUAGCGUUCAUAAGCGACCUUGGAUUGGGUUUCAAUCUUGGCGUGCUGCUGGUAGUAAGGUUGCUUUGUCCAAGAAAGCUGAAAGGGUUUUGGAAGAAGCAAUACAAGACAACACAAAAGGUGAUGUGAUAUACUUUUGGGGACGCUUGAACAUGAAUGGUGGAGUGACAGGAAGUAAAGAUGCACUCACGUUUUGGUCUGCAUGCGACAUCUUAAAUGAGGGACACUGCAGAAACGUUUUUGAAGAUGCAUUUCGUUGGAUGUAUAACUUGCCCUCAAAUACAGAAGCUCUCCCGCCCAUGCCAGAAGAUGGUGGUCACUGGUCUGCCUUGCAUAGUUGGGUGAUGCCAACUCGUUCCUUCGUUGAGUUUGUCAUGUUUUCUCGGAUGUUUGUUGAAUCUCUGGAUGCCUUACACGCCAAUUCUGGCAAUAGAAGUAUUUGUUUGUUGGGUUCUUCAGAACUUGAGAAAAAGCAUUGUUACUGUCGGGUAUUAGAAGUCCUUGUGAAUGUAUGGGCUUAUCAUAGUGGACGAAAGAUGGUUUUUAUAGAUCCAAUUUCUGGUGCACUGGAAGGGCAGCACCCAGUUGAGCUACGGAAAGGAUUUAUGUGGGCUAAGUAUUUUGAUAGUACAUUGCUAAAGAGUAUGGAUGAAGAUUUAGCAGAAGCUGCAGAUGACGGUGAUCAUCCAAGGGAGAUGUGGUUGUGGCCACUCACCGGGGAAGUGCAUUGGCAAGGAAUUUAUGAGAGGGAGAGGGAAGAGAGAUAUAGACUCAAGAUGGACAAGAAAAGGAAAACAAAAGAAAAGUUAUUUGAAAGAAUGAGGCAUGGAUACAGACAGAAGUCACUUGGAGGAUAGAAAGGUUAUACUUGUAGUUGAAAUGGUCUAGUUUCCGUCACACUCGAAUUGUGAUACAGCUACUGAACACGCUAUUUCUCAACUGUGGAGUGCGAAAAGGACUCUCGAUGAUUGAGGAUAAGAUUUAUUCUUUCUAACAGCGACAGCAUGGUCUGGAAAGACGGAUUUUGUAGGUAUUUUUCUCCGACAGGAUAUAGAUAUUCAAAGUGGAUGGAAGACGGUAGCUUUUCCAGCGAUGGCAGCUUACUUAGCAUGUGUGGCAUUUACCGUCGCAUUUGAAGUGGCAGAGAGAUGUCAGGUUUUUGAGCAGUACACACAACAUUCGUUGAAAUUCUUUUUCACAAAUUGACAGCAUCAUGUAUUCUUUUGGCAGUGCUGAUAGGAAAUUUUGAUUAAAAUAAAAAGCAGUUGUUGGCA